GGAGGGGGCAGCAUGGCCUGUCCGUCCGGCCCCCUUCGCCGCGCUCCUCAUCUGCCCCGCGCCGAGCGCUGCCGCCGCCGCCGCCGCCGCCGCUCCGCUGCCCGCGCCGCCCGCGGCUCCCGAUGGAGACUGACGCGCCCCAGCCCGGCCUCGCCUCCCCGGACUCGCCGCACGACCCCUGCAAGAUGUUCAUCGGGGGACUCAGUUGGCAGACUACGCAGGAAGGGCUGCGCGAAUACUUCGGCCAGUUCGGGGAGGUGAAGGAGUGUCUGGUGAUGCGGGACCCCCUGACCAAGAGAUCCAGGGGUUUCGGCUUCGUCACUUUCAUGGACCAGGCGGGGGUGGAUAAAGUCCUGGCGCAGUCGCGGCACGAGCUCGACUCCAAAACAAUUGAUCCCAAGGUGGCCUUUCCUCGGCGAGCACAGCCUAAGAUGGUGACUCGAACGAAGAAGAUCUUUGUUGGGGGCCUAUCAGUAAACACCACAGUGGAGGAUGUGAAGCAGUAUUUUGAGCAGUUCGGGAAGGUGGAUGAUGCCAUGCUGAUGUUUGACAAAACCACCAACCGGCACCGAGGGUUCGGCUUUGUCACGUUUGAGAGUGAGGACAUCGUGGAGAAAGUGUGUGAAAUCCACUUCCACGAAAUCAACAACAAAAUGGUGGAAUGUAAGAAAGCUCAGCCAAAAGAGGUGAUGUCACCGACGGGCUCGGCCCGGGGGAGGUCUCGAGUCAUGCCCUACGGGAUGGACGCCUUCAUGCUGGGCAUCGGCAUGCUGGGUUACCCUGGUUUCCAAGCCACGACCUAUGCCAGCCGGAGUUAUACAGGCCUCGCCCCCGGCUACACCUACCAGUUCCCCGAAUUCCGUGUAGAGCGGACCCCUCUCCCGAGCGCCCCAGUCCUCCCCGAGCUUACAGCCAUUCCCCUCACCGCUUAUGGACCCAUGGCAGCGGCAGCAGCAGCAGCAGCCGUGGUUCGAGGGACAGGCUCUCACCCCUGGACGAUGGCUCCCCCUCCAGGUUCGACUCCCAGCCGCACAGGGGGCUUCCUGGGGACCACCAGCCCUGGCCCCAUGGCCGAGCUCUACGGAGCAGCCAAUCAGGACUCGGGGGUCAGCAGUUACAUCAGCGCUGCCAGCCCCGCCCCCAGCACUGGCUUCGGCCACAGUCUUGGGGGCCCCUUGAUUGCCACAGCUUUCACCAAUGGGUACCACUGAAGCAGGAAACAGGUGGCAGGAGCGCCCUGGCCUGCAGCUGACUGAGGACCACGAGUGAGCCAGCGAGGGGGCGGGGACACCUCAGCCGCAGCCGCCGCCCCCUCCCCCGCAGCGACUCGGACCGCUACUGCCUGCCCCCUACUCCCUGGGCCCCCCGGCCCCUGCCCUGCUGCCCCCCCACCUCACCCCCGGACAUCCAUGUCUGGCUCCCCUACUAAUCUCCCCCUCUUCCACCCCCAGCCCUUUCCCCCACCUCCCCUGUCCUACCUGCUUUUAUUUAUUUUGGAUUAGCCGGUUGCCCCCUCCCCCUGUCCACCGUCUCUCCCCCACCCCGCCCUGUUCUCCUCUCUGCGCCCCACGACGUCGGGUCUGCGCCCCUCUCCCCGCCGCGCCCCCAUAGGACCCCCCCACCCAGAAGGCUUUUGUAUUUGUGCAUAGCUAGAGUGAGGGCGGAGGGGGCCUGCUACAGGCCACAGCCACAACCCUGGUUUUUUUAUUCUGAUUUUUCCUUCCUUUUCUCUUUCCUUUUUGUUUUGUUUUGUUCUGUUUUUUAAAGAAACCGUUUUUUAAACUAUUUCUAGGUUUGUGAAUGUGAAGCCCCAGGCCGCAGGGGGCAAGGGGCCAGGUGCCCCCCACCCGCUGAGAACUAAAUGUCUGUGUGGGUGUGGGCCCCUGGCCAGCUCCCUCCAGCCCUGGAGAGGAGGACAGGCUGAGGAGGCCAGGCCGAGCCCCUGGAACCAUCCCGUCCUGUAUCAUAUCUGUAAAUACUGCGAGGUGAAGCCCCCACCCGUCUUUAAGACCCCUUGGGGGCGAGGGCGUUGCCUCACCCCACCCCACGUUUCUGUACCUCCCUCUCAGACACCGUUACUGUAAGCUUGCAGGCCUCAACUGUGGCCAAGGCAGGCCCCGCUCUCUCAGGCCCUAUGGGGUCAAAGGCCUUGGGCCCGUUCACCCCAAAAAGAAACCCAGUGUGGGGGCGAGGGAAGAGAAGGGCUCGCCCGGAGCCACUGCUGGAAAGGAAUUAACUCUCCAAAGGUCACCCCCCACCCCCCACCCCCUACCUGGUCAGGCCUUCAUGGUUUCUGCCCUGAGCCCCCCAUGAGUGGGCAUUGGGGGUGGGCACUUUGGGAAGGGGCGGACCCCAGGGGAAAGCAAAGGGCUUCUCAGGGAACCCCCACAUUCUCUCACUGAAGUUCCCCACCAGGAUGGUCCCGUGGCCAGAGCCCCGAGUCCCUGGGCCCUCUUCAAAGGAAAAAGAGGCUCAGGGCAUGACUUCAUGAACAGCGAGUGACCAGGCUGGUGUGGCGGGGUGGAGCCCCCCACCUACCCACUGCCUGCCCAUGUCCUCUCCCCCACGUCUGGGGCUGGGAACCUAAGCUCCCUUCCCCAUCAUAGUCCCCUCCCCUGAAAACCCCCUUUGGAGAGUUAAUUGUCUGUGUGAGGUGCUUAACCUAUUAGCCCUGAGAACACAAAGCAAUAAUCUUUGUUACUGAGAUGCGCGGCUGUUCGUGUUUUUUUUUUUUUUUUUAAUGUUUCCUAAUAAAAGAGAAGCUGCAUUUUAUUGGUUUUUAUUUUUAAUUUUCUACACACUUGAGCUGAGUCAUGAGAGACUUAGCUUUCCUCUCCUCCCCUUCCUGUGAUCCCCCCACCCCACUGGGCCCACCCAUGGGCUCAGGGCCUUGGAAUUCCGUUUUCUGAUUUGUUUGGGAAAUUUUUUAAAAAAGAUGUUACACGGUGUUUUGAAGCCAGCAAGUUACCACCCUCCGGUGUCUCUUCUCUCCACAUCUGUAACUUCUUUUUCCAGGUUUUAUUUUCAGUUUUGAAUUCCUAAUAAAUUAUUUGAAAACGGG